AUGUCCAAGCCCACAUUUGAGAGCCUCCCUGCGGAGCUGAUCAUCCUCAUCUUGUAUCAUUUAUCCGACCAUGCCUCUCUGAUAUCUACCGGCCUCACAUCACUAAGAUUAUAUAAGAUAUAUCAGUCCGUUAAAGACUCCGAUGUGAUACUAAGUAGCAUUCUCAGGAGACAAUCUGAAGAGAUGUCUUUGGAUUUGUCAGAAACUAUCACCGCAAUCCGAUCAAAAGGGCUCCUUAUGGAACACCACAAAGAACAAGCAACCGCUUUGCUGGACACAUGGCGACGCAGCGCAGAGAUACGUGACCUUGGUCUGAGUCCUUCUUUACGAACAGACGUUCUUUCGAAUAUCUUUGGAACGGCUGAGAUAGUGGAUGAUUCGGCGAAUUAUCGUAAGAACCGGUGGACCUCGCAUGGUGACUUGUUCGAGCUAAAUGAAGAAGCUUACCGCUUAUUCUAUGGGGCGAUGCCCCCUUGGGAACAUGAGGAAAUGGGAUCUAUAUGGGGAUACCUUAUAUCGAAAUACGUCCCUAUAUCCGAAGAAGUUGGCAAAAGUAUGCGCAAUUUCGCGAAAGAACACAGAUCCCAGUGGCAAGAUUUCACUAUAUUUGUUUCCCUUCCGCGUGAUGUUGCUUCUCCACCGUUGGGGCGUUUGGGAUUUGAGGAUGAGCGGGAUAUUGACGAUUUCCCUUCGAAGCUCGAUAGCUUAGUCGCUAUCGGGCCAGAAUUUCUCUAUCGUGUCAUACAUGCUACCCCUCUUCAACGGCGCAAUUUGGUGGUAGGAAAUGCAACAGGGGGAGGGCAUGGUCUGAAUGAUACCUUUAUUGGGCCAAAUAUGGAUGUGGGGCAUGAUGAUAAGCUACCUUGGACUGUACCUGCGGAUCGACACGCAAUUCGAGACUUUGAACAAUUCUGGUCUACGCUACCACCAAUUGAGCGACCGAAUUUAGCCUGGAAGAGGUCAAAGAUUAUCCAACAUGAUCCUGGAGUCAAUCUUACAGAUGCAGUCGAUCUUGAUCCUUCUUUCGAUACAUGGACAAUGCCUGGAGUCGAGUUCAUGGGUGACCUAGAGUGGCAAUGGUGCUAUGCUAUUUGGGAUGAUGCAAGACUGGUAAAAUGGAAGGCACCUUUACUGGGGCUUCCUCGGCAUGAUCAGCCGGGCCCCGUGUGA